AUGCGUUUCUCCGUCCUCUCCGUCCUUUCCCUCGUUGGCGCCGGUAUGGUGUCCGCCCAUCCCCAGGACCUCUCCCUCUCCAAGCGCGGAGACAAUUCCGAAUGUGUCGGUCCUCUCCUCUGCUGUGGCACCCUCACUACUCCCCUCGACCCCGUUGUCGACCCUCUUCUGCUUGCUCUUGGCAUUGAUGCCGCCAACAUUGUCGGAUCCAUCGGUCUUCUCUGCCACGGCUACGAUGACAGCUGCCCAACUGCGCCCCAGUGCUGCACUCAGGCUAACCUCCUGGGCGGUACCCUUGCUCUCGGAUGCUCGGAUUGGUGUUAA